GCGGUCUCUCUGUUCCUUCCUUCCUGCCUUUGGGACCCGGAGCGUCCGCCGCGCCGCGUGGGCCGGCGGCGUUCCUUUGGCCUGCGCCUCCGAAGCGUUCCCGGGAGCCGCGAUGGAAGAGGAUCAGGAGCUGGAGAGGAAGGCGCCGGGCCGGAGGGCCCCCGCGGCGGGCGGCGGCGAGCGGCGGGCGGCGCUGGAGCUGGUACAGGCGGCCGGGGCGGACGGGCGCUGCGUGACCUUCGUGCUGCACGAUGAGGACCACACGCUGGGCAACGCGCUGCGCUACAUGCUGGCCAAGGACCCCGCCGUGCACUUCUGCGGCUACACCACCACGCACCCCUCGGAGAGCCGCAUCAACCUGCGCGUGCAGACGCGGGGCGCCCUGCCCGCCGUCGAGCCCUUCCGCAGGGGCCUGGCCGGCCUCCUGGGCCUCUGCCAGUACGUGCUGCGCGAGUUCGAGACCAGCGUGGGGGACUUCCGGGAGAGGACGGCCGCCGGCGGCGGGGACGAGCCGCAAGCGCGAGUGUGAGCAGGCCCCUGGCUCCUUCUGUCACCAUGUGCCCUGACCCCGCCCUGCGAGCACAUUGGCCCAAUAAACCACGUCUCAGGUUCAGCCCUCCCAAAAACUGCAGUUUCCAUAACUGUUUAGAAUAAUGGAGUAAAACAUUAUGCUUGAAACAAAUAAUAAAAUUACUAUGUGUA